AUGGGCAAUGAACCUUGGCUAGACAGUCUGUCUGAUGACUGGCCUUCAGCGCCUGCGACGCCGACCACAGAGGAGCCAUCUCGAAAUCUCCUCGGUUCCUCCCCUCGACCUUCUCUGAAUUCCCCAAGUCGCAUUCCAGUGGCAGCCCGCCGAUCCAUCGCACAACGGCCAUCCCCAGUCGAUCACUCGAAAAAAGUUACCCGACCAUGUCACUUCAUCAGACGGGAGCCUCCGAAACCAAAGACUCCUCGUACGCCCACGAUUCGGCCUCCGCCCAAGCCGGUCUCCUCCACGCCGACGAGGUCACGAAGAGAAACUCCAAAGGCCUCGCCAAAGCCAUCCCCGAAACCCUCUCGAAAGAACUCCCCGAAGACCACACCCAAGGGAAGCCCUCGGCCGAGCUUGGGGACGUUUGACAAGCAAUUGUCAAACAUGGACACGCGUUCUCCCCUGCGAUCCGUCUCCAAUGUCUCAAGUCAAUCUGGCACACCCUCGAGUUUACAAGGUACCGAUACCGUGCAAAUCAAGUCGACCAAAGGGCGAAAGGAUGGAGGCGACACCCCGGAAUGGCGCAGACGGCUCGUGCGCGGAGAGAUCACAGCAGCUGAUCAACGCGACUUGUUCGCGCCGAUGGGUCUCGAAAGUGUCUUCAAGCCUCCAUCCCCCGGCUCUGGGCCGGGCCGAGGGGGUUCCAUGCCCUUCACCAAGCCAGAUGAACAGCUAUGGGAGUUUACCGAUAUAACUUCCCGACGCGGAAGUGCACCGAUCGCGGAUGAGAAAGACAAUGCCGAGACGGAGGUAGUGGAGGAAGCUGGGUCCGAGGAAAAAACAACAUCGCAAAGUGGUACACUCGGUCGCGCGUCAGGAGAAAGUUCUCCAUCGGGCGCCGAUUUCAUUGUCGAUGAAGCAUCUCAAAUAGACGAUCUGGGUGUUCGAACUGCUAGUGGACUGGAGGAUCUCCGAAACGAGGGAAUCACGCCAAUUACUUUUACACGACCAAAUACCUUGGAUGGCGGAGCGGCGUCUGAAGUGAUUAAGUCUGCGCUGAAGCAGGUCACGAACAAAUUGGAGAGUCUAUCGCUUGAUCCUGAGCGGCGACCUGACUCUCCAGCCAGCGACAGCUUCCUCUUUUACAACCACAGCGAGCCGCAACUUGAUCUCCAGUCCCGCGAUGACAGCCUUCUGGACGUGACAAGUCAUUCUCUACCGCAGGAUCUCUCCAUGGGCACUGCAGACUUCAGUCGUCGUGGGGCGAGUCGUGCUUUCCAUCAAAAAUUCUCCCCUUCGCCCUUUCCCUCUCACCGCAAGCGGCCAAACGGUGUCGUUAACACGAAGAUCCGCAAUUCUCCUCUGUUUGGCCGCUCCCAAAACAACAAAUCACCUGUAUUACCUCGCCCAACCUCAUCUCACGUUCGACCCUCCACAGCUGGAUCUGGGGAUGCUGAUUCGAAGGAUGGCACAAUGCCUUCCUCUGGCAGUCCCCUCAAGCUGUUUGGCGAGUACGACACAUUCACGAACAAUAGAUUAAUGCGACGCAUGAGUCAAUUUGAAGGGGCAUUUGGCGACGGCUCCGACGGUGAUGAACCGCCGUCACCGUCGGAAGAGGCUCGGCGUAAAGGCGAGAGCCGCAGCUUCCUCAACUCUCACCACGAACCACGAGCCGAGAUUUCAUCGAGACUCAACGAGCGACUGGCAUCACGAAAUGCGCAUCGCCCCAGAAUUAGUCGAUUUGGGGAUGGCGAGCUCGACAAAUUUGACUUCUCAGAUGCAAGCCCAUAUGAGAAUAAAUUGAUUUAUGAUGAAAUCCAAGGCUUUGGCUCGCGACCUACAUCACGGAAGCGAUCUUCUGAUCGACAGCAAUAUCUGCGAUGGUCAUCUCAAAGACAGGAUUCUCUUCGAUACGCGAGAUCAGCAAGCUCAGGGUUUACUCGAAAACCAUCCGCCUGGACCAGACAGAGCUACUUCGGUCCUCAACGUACCCGCGUGACAUCUCGAAAAUAUGAAAAGGAAAACAUGGGCUUUUCUGAAACGAAGCGUGUUCCCAAAGCGACUCCAGCAGAUCCCCGUCCAAAGCGACGUCGAACGAUACUACGGGAUGACAGUGCUGAGCCCGAGGUUCCUUUGGCGCAUGAUGACCCUUCAUCCAAUCUGGGCGAAAGCAUGUCUCUUCUGCAGAGAAGCUUAUUACAACACGGGAUGCAAGCUGAGAAUGGGGACUAUCUUGCACCUCCAGGCCUCUCACAGUCAAUACAGCGCCCACGAACGCCAACGCCGAGCCAAAUCCGUUCUUCUCACGAAUCAAGAAUUGCACCAAGUGGAGAGUACUCCGAGACAAAUUUUGAUCAGCGUGACUACUCGGACUCGUUUUCUCUCGAGGGCGACAUACCGCUUGUUAAGGUCACCGGCACAAGUGAUUCUUCGCGAAAAGGAUCCAUCACAACUCAGGACUAUCUCAAUGAGGCAACUAAGAUCAUGGAUCUCAUUCGAUCAAAAGGUCGACCAGCGACGGGCCUCACGAGUGUGCAGGAGUCCAAUCCGGAGAGCGAAGAAGACGAGGGAGAUUCUGUCUACGAAGACGAAUCAACAAGAGAGGCAUUCUCCCGCCCCCCGAGCCGGGAAGGGAUUGAUUUGCGCAAGCAGCGUGAGCCGAAAGAGCUCAAUCCCCAAAUCUUGAACUACCUGAAAAAGUACCAAGAGAGGGAAGAAGUGGAAUUUGGCGCGACUGGCUCAGUGGCGUCCUUGAACACAGAUAACCGACUCAAACCAGAGCAGCAAAGAGCUCGAGGUUUGAUUUUCGAGCCCAGAAAGCGGAAGCCGAGCGGGUCGAUCUACGACGUGGCGGAAGAUAUUGCCCAUGAUCUUAUGACUAUCAACACGCAGAUGUCGGGGUUCAGUGUACGCUCGAUGCCGACGGGCUCUUCUCAGAACUCAACAGCAAAGGGGAUGCUCUCCUCGGAUCUUGUAUCUCAUCUCAUUCCAGAGCAGGUCAAUGGCUUUGUCUAUGAUAGGUCAAAGCAUCAAUGGGUAAAGGAUGACCCGCAUGCGGCAGAACCCAAGACAAUCAACCAUGAUGACCUGGAGGAUCCCUUCAAGGACAUUCCGGAUUUGAGUGUGGAUGAGAUUCAAGAGAUGAUGAGAAUCCAGAGUCUUGGCUCUCAGCAUCCCAUGCCAGAGACCGCCCAGGCCGAGGCCCAAUCCCAACCUCCGAACAUUGCUCAGCCAUCUACAGAGCCAGACCACAAACCAACCAAAGCUGAUGAGUCCGGUCAUGCCAGUUCUGUGCGAACUCGGAGCACGCCCUUAACCUCCAGCGCCCUUAACACGGGUACUCGAACUACAUCCUGGGGAACAGAUACUGCGUUUGACAGGAAUCAGAUUUCGGGCAUGGUGUCCAUGAAUGAUGGUCUUGCCUCAUACCCUCAGCAAGAACCGAAAAAGUCGCGGGUUGCUACAAUUACUUUCUCUUCACCUGUGGUGUCGCAAGUCGCCUAUCAGGAUGAUUCGAUCAAUUCUGACAUUAGCCCUCGAAACACUGAAUCGGGAGCUGAAUCCAUCAACUCCAAGGAAGCGAAAAAUGGAAGCGCACCCUCUACGAUUUCCGUUAAAUCACGCGAGUCGUCCGCUCCAGGGCAGCCAUUUGUAAGACGCCCAGUUUCAAGGAUUGAUGAGCACAAUGAGGAGAACACGGAUGACCUCAGUCUCGUACGAUUGGAUGGCUCGCUUAGAGCUCAUGAAGUUGCUGGCAUCGGCGAUAAGGAUCAAGCCCUUGUUCCUCUCAGUUCCCCCGGGCAAGAGAAUACCUACAGCUUCCACCUCAGUCCCCUGGCAGACUUCUCGGUGAAUCAAUUGGACAGGCCCUCGGACCCCGAGAUGAGUUAUAUCGCUCAGAGAGACAAUCCGACAUCGCUGAGGCAAGUGCAUGGGACGUAUGCACUUGCCACGGAAGACUUGAUUAAGCAUAUCACCGAUGCCGAACCAUAUGAGCCGUUUUGGGAGCAUAUUCGUCGGCUUCGGCUACGACAAAAAGAUCUGCCAGGGUUGCAUAAAUUGAGUCAAUUUUGUCCCCGUCUUGAAGAUCUGGACGUGUCCGACAACAACAUUGGACAACUUAGCGGCGUUCCAGCUAGCCUGCGGACACUCAAGAUUGCUAGAAAUUGCCUUUCUGAUUUGACUGCAUGGAGUCACCUCUGCAACCUUCAAUAUUUGGACAUCUCAGGAAACGGCAUUGAGACACUCAAUGGGUUUUCAAAUCUUAUUCACUUGAGAGAACUCCGCGCAAAUGACAACAAAAUCCGCAACAUUGACGGGGUCCUCGAGUUGAAUGGACUCCUGAGUCUUCAACUCAGGAACAACUCCAUGACAACUGUGGACUUUCAAGGAACCGAGAUGACUCGGCUGCGCGAACUUGACUUAAGCCAUAAUAAACUGGAAUCUGUCCAUAACAUUGAAUGGCUUCCCUCGCUGACAAAUCUUGACCUGAGCGUCAAUCAACUCAGUCGUUUGGAAUCCCCAACAGCUUUAGUCAGCCUUCGUACCCUCAAGCUCUCGGAAAACCGACUGGAUGCUUUGGACAUGCAAAGCUUCUCAUCUGUGCACCUUCUUUACCUCGAUCAGAACCAUCUCUCGACCGUCACAGGCUUGGAAUUUUGCCGAAAUCUGGAUGUGUUCUCGAUUCGGGAGCAGACACCAGCUGUCAAACAAGGCGCCGAAAUUCUGCUGAACAUCGAUCUCGGCCUAGUCAAGGAUAUCCGCAAAGUGUUUUUUUCGUCCAACAAACUCUCCGAGGCGUGCAUUAGACCAUCCUCUCCACUCUUGCAGCUACAGCUGCUUGAUGUUGCCGCGUGCGCAUUGAAAAAGCUUCCUGCCGACUUCUCCGCAUCUUUCCCGAACCUCAAGGUGUUGAACUUGAACUUCAACUCGCUUGACGAGUUGGAGCCGUUGGUAGGCAUGAACUGCUUAUCGAGGCUCGCUGUGGCUGGCAAUCGACUCAGCAGAAUGCGGCGUGUUUGCCAGAUUCUCAGUCGAUUGGGAAGGACGAACAAGAAAAGUCUCUGCUCUCUCCGCAAGCUUGAUCUGAGGGGCAAUCCACUCACAGUCGGAUUUUACCCUCCAGCAGUGACAGGCAACGGAUCAAAAGCUGAUCGCAAGCCGCUAACAGACUUGGCCAAUGCGGUUGUUCCGGGGCUUGAAAGUCAACGCGAUCUGUCCGACGCCCUAACCGAUCUUGACAGCAAGGACCAGGCUGCCAACAUCGUGACUUGGGACCAGGCGUCUGACACUGACAAGGAUAAGGAUGUCAACGAUCCCUUCACGUUGCCGGUCGCCGAUCCAGAAGCAGAUGGGAAGUAUCUUCUUCAUCUAGAUCGCGCUACUCGCAUGCGCCGCAAGGUUCUAGAACUGCUUUUGUAUGCGGGAACAAGCGGCUCAUUGUGCACUCUCGAUGGUUUGGAAUUGAGAACUUCGCUUGAGGACAAUGCAGAUAUGGGUCAAGCAUGGGUGAGGCUGGAGGAACUGGGCGUCCUUCGCCGGAAAGCAAUCACGAGCAAAAACUGA